AUGGUCUACAUCCAUCCUAUCUUUCUCGCCAGCCCUUUCACUCUUUUCGGCACGAGGAAACCCGACAAUUUCUACGCCGACGUUCCUUCAACUAGCGCGACAGCCACCUCCUUCCUUGACAUACUCACUCCAGACGCACCCGCCAGCUUUAUGAAUCAUCUACUUCAUGACGCCCAUCUAGAAUCUUCUGCUCUUUCUGCUCUUCAGCUUCGCUCAGAAGUCGAGACCGUCAGCCUUCUCAGUCGAGCUCAUGUAUCCUUCUCUCACGUCCCGACCUCCGCGUCUCUUGCUGGACUUGGUAUCUCCUUCGAGAGCAUGUCCUCUCCUCAUCUGGCCUCACUCGAUUCUUCUACUCGCUCUCCCGAAGCUCUCGGUUCCUCGUUCCUUUCACUGGAUGGUUCGUCUCCGCUCUUUCCCUCGCCUAUGGGACAUCCCAUGCUCGGCGGUCAGCUCUGGACUCCUGAUGCCAGGCCUCCGCUAUCAAUUCUGUCCCAAGAACUAUUGGGCAACCCAAUCACGCAGAAGGCUGACAUGGAUCUUUCGACUUCAUAUACUUCUCCAGCGUCUUUCAUGUCCCUCGACUUUGCGAGCUCCGUGAUUGGUCUAUUCCCAGAUUUUACUGCGUACGAUACCGCCGCACUCGCCGCGGAAACCGCUAUCCUUGUGCUUCCGCCCCACUUGUCCUCGAUCACCCCACGGGAUCAGAUCCACAUCUAUAGUUCAGCACAUUCUCAACACAGCGAUAUUUCGCGUUCGAACGGGCCCGAGCAUUCCAUGCUCGACAUCAUCGAUGCCUUCCCGCGAGUUGACAGCCUCGAACCUUGA